UAAACUUAUUAACAGUUAACCUGUUGUUUGCCAACUUGUAUCGGUUGGGUGCACGUGGGUAAUAAAAUCGAUACAAGGAAUCUGGACGAUUCCUGAGAAAAUGUCUGAACAGCGUUGGAUCCCCUUGGAGUCAAAUCCCGAAGUACUCAACAAGUAUAUUCAUUCCCUGGGUAUACCUGAGAGCUGUCAGUUUGUCGAUAUCUAUGGAUUAGAUGAUGAAAUUUUAGCCAUGGUUCCACAACCUGUUGAUGCCAUUAUUCUUCUCUUUCCUUCUACAGAAAAGGUUGAGCAGAAUCCUAUUGGAACUGUUGAACCAAAUCCAUCAGUGCCAAUUUACUAUAUGAAGCAGUCAAUUCGUAAUGCUUGUGGAACAGUUGCCAUGGUUCAUGCUGUAGCUAAUAAUGCAGAUGACAUCCAGUUUGAUGAUACCAAACAUUUUGUCAAAUUUUUGAAAGCAACAAAAGAUUUAAGUCCAGAGGAACGAGCCGCUGCUUUGGAAAGUGAUAAGCAAAUGGGUUCAGCUCAUCAUGACAGUGCUCAAGAAGGACAAACCCAGGCUCCUUCACAAGCGGAAGAUGUCAAUCCACAUUUUGUAACUUUCAUUCAUAAAGAUGGUGGGUUAUACGAACUUGAUGGAAGAAAGGAAGGUCCAGUACGACAUCGUGAUACUACAGCUGAUAAUUUACUUAAGGAUACAGCAGAUGUGGUAAAAGAAUUUAUGAAAAGGGAUCCAGACCAAAUAUCAUUUACUUUAAUGGCUUUGAUACGUCUUAAAGAUUAGAGAGAUUAAAUGAUGGUGACCACUACACACAGGAUUAUUGCUACAUUGUCUGCAAACAAUAAAAUGGAGCUUGUAUUUAUUGUAUUGAUCUGUUAUUUAUAAACCAAUCAUCACCAACACUAUUAUUAUUUAAUGAUCAAUAUAUAGUAUAGAAUGAUGACUGUGAGUUAUAAUGUAUUGUUUACAUUUAGUCUAUCCACCAUUUUAUCCACAUUAUUAAUAGCUUUCAAACUGCUUUUCUAUGCAUAAUUUAUUUAGGAGUGUCAUUUUGUAUAUCCGUAAUUGAAGUUCUGUUUGGUUUGUAUCACUUUCGGUGUCAUUAUCUGACACAGUACCUAAUUUUUGUUUAGUUACAACUCAAACAAAACAACCAUAGCUUACAUAAUAGUACUCAAUAGAUCUUAACCAAAUAAAAAUAAGUAGUAAAAAAAAAAAUGGAAAUAAAUAAGAAAUAGAGUACCAAAUAAAUUAUUUACACUAAUUUGGUUGUUGGAGAGUUGUCUAGCAGAGUAUUACAUAAAGAUGGUUGUUGGAAAGAUUUCUAAAAAUGAUAAAAAGAUAAGUGAUGCAACAAAGCUGUCAUAAAAUAAGUUCCAUAUGAAAUCAGAACAAAAUCCAUAUUAAAGGAACCUAACGAAACAGGUAUCUAGUCAAACUGUGACACCUGUUUAGUUUAUGUAAAGAAAUACUUACCAGACAAUUCUUUUGUUGAUUACAAGUUGAUUAAUACUCCAAAUUUAAAUAGUGUGUAUGCUAUAUACAGAAAGUGACUGAUUGAUUGCUGUUCAUCUAUUUUACAUGGUAAAACAUAUUCCAGAUAUAAGUAAAGAUCUUUGGUAUGGUUGAUCCACAAGUUCUGAAAGCAAGUUGUGGAUGUAAUAGCUAUACAGAAGAUUUCGGCUUUUUUAAUUAUUCUGGAGAUGAAGAGUUGUAAGUUGAGGCUGUGACAGGAUAUUAAUUCUAACACAAAUAUCUACACUAAGGACCCAUUGUUACCAGAAAGUUUAGGAAGAAAAAAACAUUCAGUACAUCACCUACUUUUUAAGGCUAGAUAUCAUCUGGUCAUGUGGAAGGGACAAAGAAAGAAGACUUGAAAGUGGAAUUUUAAGAAAAGCAGACGCAGUGUCUACCUGUUUGCUUACUUGGUGAAGAACAAUAGGACAUUAAAACCCCAUUUCAUUUCAUUUGAUGAAAACCUUAUGGACCAACUAUAAUAUCCACCUCACACCCCCACCAUAGCCUAGAUAUUUACUCUAAGAUUAUAUUUGGAAUCUGUUUAACCUAUUCUCCGACUGUUUGUAAAAUCUACAGAAUUAACAUCAUCAAUCAGUGAUUAAUUGUAUUGACUAUUGAGGUGGCCAAUUUCCAUUAUAAUUCUUCAAACUCCGGUGAAAACUUAAUAUCAUAUAAUGAUUUAUUAAUCUUUUCAGAAAGAUUCUUUGUAGGUUAAAUAAAUAUUAUUGAGCAGACAUUUAUUUUUAUAUUGAAGACAUUGGUUUUUGUACUUUUGCAAUUGUGAACCUAUUUUUCUAUUGUAUUUGUAGGCCUUGAUAUGAUUGCUGAUUUUCAUAAUUUAGAAUACAGGUACUGUUAUUACUGAGCUAUGUUUCAACUUUAAGCUUGUGUAGUGUUUAUAAAGCCUUGUCAAGACGUCGCUCGGUAAUAAAGAGUGAUUAUAUUCUAUAGAAUUAUUAUCCCGUGUAUUUCAAGUUCAGUUAUUAAAUGCAUUUGAAACAAUUUAAUUUAGAAUUGGCUGUGCAUUCCAUUACAUGUCUAAAUUCGUGAGAUCAGUUCUAAUUUAUGUAAUCAUAUUUUAUUGUAGUGCUAUAUUGUCGCCACGCCGUCUGUCUGCUUGUAUUUCCUUUGGUAUGUCAUUCAUAUUUCUCGUUAGCACAAGACGACAAUCAAAUUUCUGAGAUAGUUACUAAAUGGGUUGUUACUCUUGACCAGUAUUUUAGUGCUUUUUUAAUGCGUCUAUUACCCGCAAAAGAAUAAAUAAGUGACAACUAUUAUGAACUGUGGGACAACUUAGGCAUGCCGUGGUGUGUGUAUGUUCUGUUGCCUGGCAAUCUACUUUUGUAUAGUUGAUUGCAAGAGAUCUUUUUUAAAAAACAUAACAAAAGGCCACGGGCAAAGAACCAACUUAAAUCAAAUGUGGGAGUGAGUCAUAUUUUUGGCUACACAAUUUUUCAAAUUCCAAGCAAUAUAUAUCUUGCAAAAUAAUCCUGACCUCUAGUUUGAAAUUCUGUACCAGUUCCAAGAUUGUCAUUUCUUACCACAUUCCAAUAAAUAUUAUUAUAUUUAUGUGGUAGAAAUCAGUGACAUUAAUUUAUGUUAUAGAUAAGUAAAAUUGAAGUGCUUUGUAUUGGGAUGUAAAUAUUUAACUGCUCAGUGCUUAUUGUGGAAAUAAAUGUUUUACACACAUA